AUGGCUCGCCUAAGCCGUCCGUCAUUGAUCCAGACGGCUGAGGAUCACUUUGAUGAAUUAGAUGAGGAGGUGACUGCCUUUAUGGAAGAAGUGGAGAACACUGAAGAUCUCGAUAUCUCCGUCAAGGAUUAUAAUGGAAUGAUUAAGGAGCUUUUAACCACCGGCUCUACCGAACUGAGGAAGCUGGUCGCGGGCCUUAUCAUGGAGAACCGAAACGAACACACGGCUUAUUUGGAAAAAGAGGCUGAGUGUAUUUCCCUGGAAAAGCAAUUCCAUACGGAACUAGCCGAAGCCAAGGAACAGAUAUUGGAGACCGAACGCACUAAUCGACUUCUCCAUGCUGAGCUCAGAAGGAGUGAGGCCGAAUUCAAACAACUCCAAGAAGCAAGUCGAGGAACCUCUGCCGCUCCUAGUUCCGUUACUACCGAAUACAAGGUCGCAUACGUGAUGAAGGGAUUUGAUGAGAAACCCGACAAAUGGGCGCAACAAUACUAUCGUCAUGAUCCUGAGGGAGUCCUUAAGAGCUGGAAGUUGUUUAAGGCCGCCAUAAACAAGCAUUUUGAGGAUCCCGAUCGUAUUGCUAAUCAGCAGGAGAAACUCCUUUCUCUUCAGCAUAAUAGCUCGGACGAUUUGCUGGAUCACAUUACUGAAUUCGAAACCCUUUGCUCUCAGGUUGACUGGCCAGAAAGUACUAAAGCCACCCUUUUCCUCAAAUCCUUGCAACCCGGACUUCGUGGGGCCAUCCGUCGGUCUGAUAUCAACAUUGAGGAUUACGAUAAGGUUAAGCAGAAAGGGCUACGCUUAGAGCGGGAGUAUAAGGAGAGCAAGAAGCAACACUCCGCUGCCAGGAAGGGAGAUCGGAAGACCAGUUCCAAACCCAAGGAUACUAAGCCUGCUGACGGUUCUGAGGAUAUCCGCAGCGAGCACCUUAGGAAGGGACUUUGCUUUAAUUGUAACGAACCAGGCCAUAUCUCUCGAGACUGCAAUAAGCCGAAGAAGGAUACAAAGGCUAACCCCGCCACCAAGUCGGUAGCCGCGGUAGAACUACCUUCGGAAAACGAGUCCCUGUCUACCGAGUCAGAGGCCGAAUCCCACGAUUUGGAAUUUUUGAAGCUGAACCGAUUUAAUGGUCUAUUGGACGACCUAAGGACGAAGCUAGGAAUUACUGAUAACACGUCAGUUUCCCCGGAAGAACCCCGUGAUAUUAAGAGUCCCACCAAGGACUCUGGAGACGACGAUCCUAAUGGACGGAUCGAGAAGAACGACGAUCCUAUUGGAAGGAUUGAUGAUAAUGACCUUAAGGAUCCUGCCAAGGAUUCUGAUCGAGAUGAAGAAGAACAACAGGAUGCCAUUAAUGCAGCUAUUCGAGCUGCAGGAAUUACCGUUACCCGAAUGUGGACGCCAUUCCACUACAAGGGAAGAUAUGAACCAAAGAUUCCAAAGAGGUUUGAAGAUUGGCGGAUUCAGGUUGCUGCCGCCUUUGAAGAAGAUCAAAUGAGUAAACAUCCAUUCCCACAACGCCUUAUCGACGGUGAUGUUGAAUUGCCAGAGAUCUAUGAGGAAUUCCGUGAUAUAUUUGAACCCUCUCGGAUGAAUCAGCCACUCCCUUACCGACCCGAAUUUGCUCAUGCAAUUAACCUGAAACCUGGGUUAAGCCCGCCAAGUCUGCGUCAGUAUCAUCAGUCAGAGUUAGAGCUACAGAUCACGAAGGAGAAGACCGAUGAAUUAAUGAGAAGGGGGUUUAUUCGAAGGAGCCAGUCAUCCGCGGGUGCCCCUACCCUUUUUGCCGCAAAAAAGGGCGCUCCUGAUCCCCGGAUGUGUUGCGACUAUAGGAUAUUGAAUGGCAUGACGGAGAAAGAUAGAUACCCCUUACCCUUGAUCGAUGUACUACUUGACCGCGUCCGAAAGGCAAAGUAUUUCGUGAAGCUAGACUUGCGGGAUGGCUUCCACCAUAUCCGGAUCCGGAAGGGAGAUGAGUGGAAGACUGCCUUUAAGACCCGGUAUGGACUCUUUGAGUGGUUGGUGAUGCCGUUUGGACUAUGCAAUGCCCCGGCAACCUUCCAACGAUAUAUCGACCAGGCCCUACAUGGAUUAAUCGACGAGGAACUAAUCGCAUACCUCGAUGAUAUCUUGAUCUAUGGAUCUACAUUGGAAGAAGUACAGGAACGGACACGUCACUGCCUCCAACGCCUUCGAGAAUGGGGGUUAUGUGUUAAGCUACGGAAAUGCAGAUUCCAUGUUCAGACUGUUAACUUCUUGGGCUUCCAGAUCUCACCAGAAGGUAUCUCUAUGGAAGAAGACCUAAUUCAGACGAUCCAGAAAUGGCCUGUGCCUAAACGAGUACGAGAUGUUCAGGCCUUUAUUGGGACUGCUGGAUUCUAUCGGCGAUUUGUGCCACGAUUCUCCCAUAUUGCCAAACCUUUGACGGACCUUACCCGAAAAGGAAGACAGUUUGACUGGGGACCAAAAGAACAAGCUGCCUUCGAACGACUAAAGGCUGAAUUUGUGCCAGGAAGAAUAUUAAUGCACUUUGACCCUGAUAGACAGAUCUACGUCUAUACCGAUGCUAGUAACGACGCUGCCUCUGCAAUCCUCUGCCAAAAAGAUGAUAAUGAGAGAAUGAGGCCAGUGAUGAUCUGGAGCAAGAAGUUUAGCACCAGUGAACGCAAAUACUCUACCCCAGAUCAAGAACUCCUUGCUAUCGUGUGGGGAAUGGAACGAUUUAGACCAUAUGUCGAAGGAGCUCGAUAUACUGUCAUUGUGAGAUCGGACCAUGCUAAUUUGCGAAAUUUCAUGACUACUAAGGACUUGAAACCGUUGCAAGUACGAUGGGCUGAACGCCUAAGCCGGUUUGAUUUUGUGAUAGAACAUAUCCAGGGUCACCUUAAUCCUGCAGACGGACCUUCUCGUCGACCAGACUAUGUCAUUGAGGAUGAAUUCCCCGAAGAGCCUAAGGCAUUCCUCAAAUUUGCCUCUGCAUCCUUGCGAUUCGAACAGUCUCCAGAACCAAAUCAAGUGGAAAUUGCCGCCCUCGCUCUUAGUCCUGAUAUGGAAGAAAGGAUUAAGGAGAAAUUGGUUACAGAUGAGACGGCCACUGAGAUAUAUAAGGAUCCCCCACAGGGCUGGGAGGCACGUAAUGGGCUCCUGUUCUAUCAUGAUCGGUUUUAUGUGCCAAAGGAUUGCCAGCAGAACAAGGCUAAUACUCAUCUAACCUUUGGACGGCUCGAACCACUACCACCACCUGAGAAACCUUGGUCCCGAAUUGGCAUUGACUUGAUUACCGAUCUACCAAGGACAAAAUAUGGCCAUGAUUGUAUCCAAGUGCAUGUCGAUCAUUUUAGUAAGGGUAUUAUCCUCGCCUCAACUCGGAAGACGGCUGGAGCUAAGGAAGCCGCAAUCCUGACUCGCAAAAAUGUGAUCUCAAAGAAGGGAAUUCCUCGUUCAUGGAUAAUGGAUCGCGAUAAACGUUGGCUCAAUUCGUUCUGGAGUCAACUGGGCAACGAUCUUCGAAUGGAAUUUAAUCCGUCUACUGCCUACCAUCCACAGUCCGAUGGGCAGACAGAGCGUAUGAACGAAGUUAUUGAGGCAUAUCUUCGGGCUUUUACCAAUUAUUUGCAAGACGACUGGGACGAAUGGCUCGACAUGGCCGAGAUGGCUUGGUGCAACUCAAAACACUCUGCCCUAGGAGUCUCACCAUUCUUUGCGGAACAUGGCUACGACCCCGACGUCGAAUUUGUACCAGAACAUCCAGGCCGGAAAAUUACAGAUAUCGAUGCUGCCAUUUAUGCAGACUUUAUGAAGGAGCUUCAUGAGAUCCUACGGGAGAACCUCCAACGCGCCCAGGAAACGAACAAGAAAUACUACGACCGCAAACGCGCCGACAUGGUUUUUGAAGUUGGGGAUCAAGUCUAUCUCCGGACAACCAAUAUACGGAGUCAACGGCCCUGCAAGAAACUUGAUCGAAAGAAGGAAGGCCCAUUUACCAUUAAGCGUGCUAUUAAUAAGAAUGCUUACGAAUUAGAUCUCCCUCCGCAGUUUAAGGUCCACCCUGUGUUCCAUAUUGAAUUACUGGAGCCAUACCACCCCCCUGUUCCAGGACAAGAGGAAAAUGAGGAACCUGAAGAUCUAACUAGGCCGACUUAUGUCGAUGGCAGGAAGGAAUAUACGGUACGAGCUAUUACUGACGCCGUUCGCGAUGAGAAUGACCAAAUUCGAUUCCGAGUCCGAUGGGAAGGAUGUGAUGAAGAAGAGGAUACAUGGGAGCCUUUCUGGCACCUCACCAACUGCCCCGAACGCCUUGAUGAAUUUAUACGAACUCAUCCCGACUGCCCGGCCCUACCCGUUCGACCCGACGAUAUGAAGCCCAAAUCUAACCGCCGAAGCACCCGAAGAGUUAGAUGA